AUGUAUGGGAACCAUCAAAGAUCUGAUCAGACCUCUGCCACUCGCAAUCGUCGCUCAACACUGCGGGUGCGGAAUCCCGACACCGGCGUUGUCUAUCAUCUCGUCUUUGAGGGGAAUCUCAACAAGUUAACAGGCGCACAGUUAAAACAACACCUCGAGGGUAUUUGUCUUAUUCCCGCCGAACAACAACAACUGCGAUUUAACGGUGAAACGAUGGAGAACUUCACAACGGGAGGAAUGAUGGGAAUUCACGAUAAGUCAUUGCUGGAGUUGCGGGUAACACGUGAGGAAAGUCACUCAGCCGUAUCCAGACGUGCUGCAGAUGCUUCUUCUUCUUUCUAUAAUAAUAAUAAUAAUAAUAAUAAUAAUAAUAAUAAUAAUAAUAAUAAUAAUAAUAAUAAUAGGAAUGGAUUUACUCGUGAGAGACCAUAUGUGAAUUCUACAAAUGGGGCAUUUGAAACCACACAACAAUAUCAACAACAACAACAACAACAACAACCACAAAGGCAACAACAACAACAACAAUCACAAUAUCAACAACAGGGAUUAAAUGAUACGAAUGAUCGUAGUUUCUCAUUAACCACAGCGGCUUCACGGCCGGCCGGUAAACGAUAUUCCUUUGAGCCUGUAAAGAGUCCCGCCCCAUGUGAAUGGGAUCCCGUAGAGGCUGUGAUUGAAGAAGACAUAAUAGAAGACUUGGAUGCGGCCAUGACUCCUGUACACGAUGCGGAUGUGGAAUUAGCACGAUUAGAUCAGAAGGAAUAUACGUGGAUGAUGGAACAGAUGCGAUUUGAGACGGAACGUAUGAAUCGCGAGAGGGAAUUACUGCAGCAACGGGAAGACUUGGAGUUUGAUGCUGAAGUAUUAGAAAGAGAGAGAUGUAUGUUGGGCCGCCGUACACUUCAGGAACGGCGUAAAUUACUGGAAUUACAAGAAUGGAUACGUGAUGAAAUGGUGAUGGAAGCACAACUGCUUGAUAUUAGAGAAGACAGCAAUGGAAGAAGAGGAGGAGAAGGAGAAGGAGAAGGAGGAGAAGGCCAUAGUGUUUUUAUUGAUGUUAAUAAUAAUAAUAAUAAUAAUAAUAAUAAUAAUAAUAAUAAUAAUAAUACUAGAGAUGUUUACAUUGAUAAUGGUGCUAGACGUGUAACUGGUCAUGCUGGGAGGAGAGGAAGGAGUGGGAAUGCUGGUAAUGGCGUGGACUAUGAUGAGAUCAUUAAUAUGAGAGUAUAA